AUGGGUGAAGAAGUCCCCGCCCACAUUCAGGCGCAGCCCCGAACCCAGCCGCCGUCGCCGGCUUCCACGGGCAAGCAACCGACUCUCCACCUCGACAGCGCAACGCCUCCUAAGCCGAGCAUCGAGCGCGUGCCAACGGCCGAGAUCCUCUCACCUACCAUGCCAAUGACCCCGAAUCCCUUCCUGUCUCGCCAUAAUACUCUCGACAUUGACGACUACUUUGUCGGACCUCGCGACAUAUCGAAGCAUUCGAAAUGGCCAUUGUUCAUGAGAAUGCAUGGGAGCAUCCUCCCCAAGAUGAUUGUCCCAUUGCUGUGGGUUGGUGCCUGGUCUAGCACCAUCACCUGCAUCACCAUGCUGGAAAUCGCGAACCUUGGCACAAAUCCCGUAUUGCUUACCAUUACCGGUUUCGUCGUUGGUCUGGGCCUGUCGUUCCGUAGCUCCACCGCGUACGAGCGCUAUAACGAAGGUCGACGAUACUGGGCGCAGCUCACACUCGCGUCGCAGAACCUCGGCCGCGCAAAGGCGCAGCUCCUCCAGGCCAUGACCUGCACCAACCUCAUCGUGGCCUUUGCCAUUGCUCUCAAGCACAAGCUCCGAUUCGAGCCUUACACCGUCUACGACGACCUCGCGCACCUGGUCGCGCAUCUCCAGACAUUCGCCGGAACGGCAACGGCCGACGACCCGUCCAAGGCCGAGCAUCCUCCCAAGAACAUCUUCAAGGAGGUGCUCAAGAAGGCGAACAUGCCUCUGGGAAAUCUGCCUCUCGAGAUCCUCAGCUACCUCGGUCGAUGCACCGACAAGUUUGUAGCCGAGGGUAAACUUCCCGUGCCCAUGCAGCAGACCCUUGCCUAUAACAACCUUCUCUCGCUCAACGACGUUCUCACCGGUACUGAGCGUCUCUGCACCGCUCUGGGAUGGGUUACGAUCCCCGCCAGCAUCGCCGCGUCGUACAUUAUUCUCGGCAUCCUCUUCAUCGGCCGCGAGAUCGAGAACCCCUUUGGCCAGGACGUCAACGACUUGCCUCUUGAGCACUACUGCGAGCAGGUGGCCAUCGAGAUGGACAUCAUCGCUGCCCAGGCCAUGCACCUCGAGAACCUGAUGGAGCACGUCGAGAGCGGCAAGAACCGUGUCCUCUUCCCCGUGAGCUCCGCGUCCUACACCAGCUGGAAGAUGCGACCCGAGCAGAGGCUGCGCGAGGCCAUCAAGCUGAAGCCCCAGGCCGUGUUCGAUCAGAGGACGCAUCACGAGGGUGACCUAGCGGCUGCCAAGGCGGAGACGGUCCUCGUGGGCGAGAAGAAGGUUUGA